UCUACUAGUUUCCCCUCUCAUGCACCAAGAAACUAAAAAGUCUAGUUCAGCACCACGUGACUGAACAUCACUUAGAGUUGAUUGCCUGCAUAUUAGGUAGGGAUCUAGACCCGGUACAAAUGUAACCUUGUCUACUGGAAACCUGAGCGCCCAGCAUUCACAAGAUCAGCGCCGGUCGAGUUACCAAUGAAUUGGCUUCAUGGUAUCCCAGAGUCUGCGAGGAAGUGGGCCGCGAAACCAUUCUCUUAUCAACCCAUGCCCUUCUCGUGAGACUUGUACUACUUUAGUGUGGCCCGACAACUAUCUGACACUUAGUAUUUUCUGAUAGGAGUCGAUGGCUUGCUAUAUAAGUGGUGCAGAACCCAUAGUAUAUGUGGAAAUACGCAGCGGCUUGUUGGGACUGUAGAAAAGCAACUUACGAUAGAUCAGGAAGCACAUCUCUGCACUAUAGCUGUGAAAAUCUGGUUAACUAGAUAACAGAUUGAAAUUGACAUAGACGCCUCAUCACCAAUUCAAGUCGAUAUGCCGAACAGCGCAGAACCCGAGGUCCUUGAGGACCUAGAGAAAGGAGCAGAAAGUAGUAUGGGGGAGGAAAAUCCGGUUCAGGCGCGGGGUUGGAAAGACAGAAUGUUUAGGCUCUUGUCCGCAGGACGUGUAGAGCUUCGUGGUGUGUUGCCUGUGCCUCUAGAGGAACGAACAUCGACUCAAUAUUCUAACUAUUUCUCGAUCUGGGUCUGUAUCAACGUGAAUAUCCUCGCCAUCACAUUUGGCAUGCUGGGGCCUACGUACGGCUUGAAUCUUCGUGACAGUUCGCUAGUCAUCAUCUUCUUCUGUUUACUGACGGCGGCCAUACCUGCGUAUCUGGGCACACUCGGCUCGAAAACAGGCAUGCGCCAAAUGCUCCAGGCGCGGUUCAGCUUCGGGCGGUACAUUGUUUCAAUACCGGUCCUUCUGAACCUAGCCACGUUUACGGGAUUCUGCGUCAUCACAUGUGUCAUCGGGGGGCAAUGUCUUGCGGCUAUAUCCGAAGGGUCUUUCUCAUCCGCCGUCGGUAUCGUUAUCAUCGGUGUGCUGUCGCUGCUGAUCGCAUUCUGUGGGUACAACGUCCUCCACAUCUAUGAGCGUUUCGCGUGGAUUCCUGCUUUGAUUGCCAUCGUCAUUACUGCGGGGAGUGGCGGUUCGCAUCUCCAUGAACAAGCCCCAAUGCCAGCGGCGACUCCGCGAGGUAUCUUCUCGCUUGGAAUGGCGAUUGCUUCAUACAUGAUUCCCUUCUCGGGACUGGCAUCGGACCUCACGACGUAUCUUAACCCCAAAAUCCCAAGUUGGAAGCUUUUUCUAUAUGGCUUUGCCGGCCUCACUCUCACGACUAUCCCACUUAUGGUGCUUGGGGCAGCUAUCGGAGGCUCGCUUUCAAAUGUCCCUGAAUGGGAACAGGGCUACGCGACAAAUUCCGUUGGUGGCGUCCUCGCUGCUAUGUUAUUGCCCCUUGGCGGGUUCGGGAAAUUCGUCGUCGUUCUCCUCUCAUUCUCGUUGAUAGGCAACAACGCAGCCACCAUGUACUCUAUCACGCUCAACUUCCAACUCUUAGUGCCGCAACUUAUUCGCGUUCCGCGCUACGUCUUCUCGAUCGUCAUAACGGCGAUCUUGAUUCCGGUCUCGAUCAGGGCCGCGAUGGACUUCUUCCUGAGCCUUCAGAACUUCAUCUCCCUGAUCGCGUAUUGGUCGGCAGCUUUCGUGGCUGUUGUCAUCACCGAGCAUGUUGUUUUCCGAAAAGGUCGGUACGACACGUACGAUCAUGACGCGUGGAAUUCGGCGUCGCGGCUACCAUGGGGAGCUGCAGCCUUGACUGCUUCGGUCCUCAGCUUUGGCUUGGUUGUUCCGAGCGUGGCGCAGGCAUGGUUUACAGGUCCCAUCGCGAAGAUAACGGGUGAUAUUGGAAUUGAGUUGGCGUUGGUGACGACGGCGAUCCUCUACUUACCUCUAAGAGCUUUAGAGAAAAAGCUUUGUAAGCGAUAAAAUUCAAGGUGCUGCUUUAUUGACGUAUCGCUCUAGGAGAUGGUUGUGUAUUUUCUUAUUACGAUAUCUAUGUUUAGCUGUGUGGAAGCAACGGCUAAGGUACGCACGGAUACAAUGAGAGAAGUCGGGGUAGUUCAACUAGUCCUUGAUUUCGAUAAUCAAGGACGUGCCACUGCUGUCAAAGGAAGGAUAGAAAGAGCUGGACCUGCGAAAGUA